UAGCAACGUGUAUUUGUUUACAAACAGAGACGUCGGCUGUGGGUGACUCAAUCAUUUUCCCCCUGGCUAUUAUUGCAGAAAGAUCCUGUUCUUAUCGAAAGAUCCCUUUAAAAACAGACUUCUGAGGAUAUCUGCGGAGACACUAAGCACCAUUUUACUUCUUUAUAAGACAGGAUUGAACAUUUAACAGAUGCUGUGUGCUUGUCCAGAAUAAGAGGGGACAAAUAAGAAAACUAAGAUCGACCAUGAAACUCCACUUUCUAGGAACCGGCUCAAGCUACCCAACAACCAAGCGUGGUGUGUCAUCCUUAGCUCUACAGCAGGAUGAUGGCUCUGUUUGGCUCUUCGAUAGUGGCGAGGGCACCCAGAUUCAGGCCCAGAAAGUCGCCAUUUCGAGACAGAAGAUUAACAAGAUCUUCAUCACUCACCUUCACGGAGAUCACAUGUUUGGACUCCCUGGCCUCCUAUGCACCAUUUCAUCCCAGUUCGGCCUGACCGAGGAACAACUGGAGAAGGAAGUGCCUCGUGUUGAUAUAUACGGCCCUAAGGGUCUCAGGCGAUUCAUCUACACAGCGUUAAGCCUUUCAAGAUCUCCACUGAUUUUCAAUUAUUGUGUACACGAGGGUGGGAAAUUGCCUCACAGUUUUUCCCAGGGUGGGGGCGAAUGGCAUGUCGACCCCCAUGAACCCCGCGAACCCCACCCCAAAUGA